UGUAUGUUAUCUUUGUUUACAAAUUCAUAACCAAUGUCAGACCAUUGUGACGUUACCUCCGACUUUCGUUCGAAGAAUUGGAAUCUAUACUGAACAUAACAUCACAUGACUAACGUAGUGCGGGGGCGAGGAUUGGAGAUGCAAAAUGGCUGAUGACGAUCCGUGGAAGUUAAAAGAAGACGGCUAUUUGAAUGUAGAAACAGACUCUAAAAGUAUUAUAUAUCACCCACACCUGAAUAUUAUUUUUGUUCUUACUAGAGAUUCAGAAGUUAAAGUGCUCGACGUCAAUUCUGGAGUAAUUUUGCAGAGGAGCUCGCUUUCAGCCAAGCCUGGAGGUAACCUUUGUGGAACGUACUUGCAUGGACAUGACAAAAUCCUGUUCACUGAUGGAAGAGGAUUGGGUGUUAGAAGAGAUUACAAUGGAGUUAUGUUUCUUGACUCCAUCCUCCAAACUCCUCUUAUGAAACCAGAUGACAUAGUUAAAAUUGAGCUACUCUUAUCAGAGGCCAUUUUAUUACAACAAAGCCUUCGGUGUAUAGAGCUACCCGGAGUAGAUCAAACGGCAGAAGUACUGCAGGAAUUGGCAAAGAAAAUAAAGGAGGGUCAAGCAAAACCAAAAAAGGGGACAAAAGCUCAAAAGUGGAAUUCAGUAUGCCUGGAACUGCCACAUUGUGCUCUAAAACUUGUGUGUGCGGGCAUGGUGCAAGAACUGAAGCGCCAGAACAAGCACAUACCUGCAUUGUCAAUUGCUUCAGCGGUGAGCGAACGAUUGAAUUGCUUGCUUGUGCCUCCGGCCUUAGCUGCAGAGAGCCCACCUGUGACGGACCGUGCGCUGAUGUUCAGCGAGGCAGCGCGUCGAGACACCUUUGUGAAAUGGCCUCAUAUGAAUUACAAAUGGGCAUUACCUGACCAGAUGGCACAAGCAGGCUUCUACCAUCAACCAAAUUCGACUGGUGAUGACCGAGCAAUGUGUUUCACAUGUAAUGUUUGUCUUGUUUGUUGGGAGCCAACGGAUGAGCCCUGGUCAGAACAUGAGCGGCAUUCCCCAUCCUGUCCUUUUGUCAAAGGCGAAUAUACACAAAAUGUGCCAUUGUCGGUAACGUAUGCAACAGCUCCUGCUGUUUCAGUAGCAGACAGCCGGGAUGAAGAAGUUGUUUGCAUCAGCACUUCCUCAGUGCCAGAUUUGGUUGCCACUGCCACAUGCCAUGGCCUUGUAACCAUUUGGAAUACAACCCGUCAACUUAAGAAAGAAGCGGUGUUUUACAUCUCAUUAUCAGAACCUGUAAUUAUGAGAAGCUGUGGUGAAACAAUUAGCUGUACUGACUUAAAAUGUAGAGAGGCCUGGUCAGAAAAACCAAAGGAAGGAGCAAGUAGGAGUGAUGUGGAAAUACCUAUGACAGACAUGACUAUUGACAACAUAUUUUCACUGCCCAUGGUGUGUGAAGAUUUGGAUUUGGAAAUUACAGCACUGUCAAUUGUCGGUGGGCCGCAACAUCAGCAAAGUUGUAACCAUGCCGGUCCAAAGCAACAUUCAAAGGCUACCAACAGCAUGAACAACCGCCUCCGACCUUCUUUCAUCGCAGGGAUUAGUGUUGGAUCAAGAAGUUCACCCAAUACAAGUGAUGUGUGGGGAAGUGGGGGUUGUUGUUCCUCAUUAGUGCGUGCAAUGAAUGACGUGAAUGAAGCGAGUAACCUGGCAAGCGCAUCUCUGGAUAUAAUGAAAGUGAGGGAUAGUGCUGAGUCACCAGCAGGUCAUACAGUUAGUUCCUGUUCUCAUGGAAGGUGUCCAUUCCUUGUAGUGUAUAAUUUUCACCAUUAUGGAGGUUCUGCUGGAUGCGAGGGAGAUAGUACUGCAGAUGAUGGAAGUGGAAGUAGUGGUGGAGGAGGACAAAAUCAGGGAAUUGCAGGUGGUGGUAGUUCGAAAAAGGCUGUUUCUGGCACUGGAACAAGUACAUCUUCAGGCACUCGCCAGGAUGGCGUUUAUCAAGAGAUAUUUUUGUCAAAAUUUAUGUUUGAUGUACCUGGUGUUGAUGACCUUGUAGCAGAUGUUGUUAUGGACACUCCACCAGACUGCCUGGAAAGUGUGGAGUUUCUCUCUGGUUCAGCACCAUCAGCUGCGGGUUUAUACGGUCCUCCUGUGAUUCCAUCUGGAUCAUCACAAGGUGCAAGUGGUAGUGGUGGUGGCACUGCGUGUGACAGUUCUAUGUUGAAUGUAACUUUCAGCAAUGUUAAUGGAGGUCUAGAUAUGUCAAAAUAUCCAUCCACAUCUGAAGGUAGUUCAUCACCUGUCAUCAUAAAGGUUAGAAGUAUCUCAAAAAAAGAAAUGCUUGGUGGUAGUGAUGGAAAUUCUGGUAAUGUGAGUGUACCGCCUGUGGCAGAGACUCACCGGGAACCAGUUGCCAUCCAGUGCUUACCCAUACCACAAAGGUUGCGCAAUGCUGGCAACCUUACUAUCACAAGUAUACAUCCGACGUUAGAUGGUGGCCACAUUUUUGUUGUUGUCUGUACAACAGGAGCAGUUGAUGUGAAGGCACCUGCAACUGAUGAAAGUGAUAGUAAAAUGGAUGUUGAUAUUGAGUUGCCAAAAGAACCACCUGAUGGGCCGAGACAUGACCCUUCUUACACAGCCAGAGGUAGCACAACCAGAAGCAGCACUCGUGGCAAGGACAGCGCAUCAGUUGGAGGAGCACUGUUGGUCUACUCACUUGACCUUAGUGGAAGUGCAGGAGAAGCAAUUCGACUGGAUGAAGAGCCAGUGGCUGUUCGAUUGUUAAGUGACAUAGGAGAAUGCCCCACCGAAGUUACGUUGCUUCCAUUGGCAGAACGGGAUGAGAGUUCGAGACCAGAAAUUCCCAGCAGUCCAGUCAAGGGUAUGCCUCAGGGAUUGGCAGCACUGAUUUGCAGAGAUGGGAGUGUGAGAAUUGCCAGUCUUGUUAACUUGAGGACAGUUGCAGUUGCUGUGCCUGAGAAGAGCGGUACCAGAUACGUUUCGGCAGCUUAUUGCAACAGUCUGGAAAGGCUGUGUGUUUGCACAGAGAAAGGAAGUAUCCAUUUCUUUGUGAUGAGUGAUGAAGGCUUCACAGAGGAAUGUGAAGAUGAUCAAUCAGAAAGUUAUAUGAUGCCAAGUACCUCUGCUACACAGCUGAGGUCAACAUUUAGCAUGCAAGAUGCCGCAGGACCUUCUAGUGCAGCACCAGCUGCUGAUGUUGCAGAACCUGUUCGAGCACCCUCCCCCACUGGACUCGCAUCCUCCAGUUCCGGCAGCAGCCAGUUACUGGCAAAUAAAACAGAGCUCAGUAUGUCUGACCUGCAACAGCUCUACGAGCUGACUUUAUUUGAAAACUUAACACCUUGCUAUGCAGCUGCAGUGCCACCCUGUUGGAGUGAGAUAAUGCAGGCACAGAAACAGCGCAGGCAUCCUCAACAUUUGCAGCAGGGUGAUGACCUGCAGCUUACGCGGUCCUGGAGAUUGCAGAAUGAUGCUACCACAUGGGAUGAACAUGUGUUUGAAAUAACACUCCCACGUAGUUGCUGCAUUGGCCAUGUUGAUCUGAAAUUUUCCCUUCAUUCUCCAUGUUCAAAUCCACCAAAUAUACAAGUAACUCUCCUGAAACAGAAUGCAACUGGGAUUGGAAGGAAAGAGAAAACCAUGAUGCCACAAGUAGAUGAAGGAAUAGAUUUCAACAUUGGCAUGCAGUGUGAUGGUGAAGUGAAAGGGAAGACUGAAAAUCCAGUUACAUCAGAGGAGUACAUGAGGGACCACAACUGUGAGGUAUUAUGUGGCCCCGUAAUCUUGUCACAGUGCCUUGACCUAUCAGAACAGGGUGGAACAAUCACACUGACAAGUCCCAAGUUAUUUAGAGUGCGAGGCCGUACUUUUCUCGUGCACAUAAAAGCUGUGGCCACAGAAAAGGAGAUAGUCAAAGAUACAGGCUCUAAAAGCCGAGGGAGUGAAGAAAAAGGGUCAGCUUCAAAAAAGAGUAGGUUGGAUGGAAGUUCAAAAAGCAAAACUUCAGAUUCCUCAGUGGAUUACUAUGUGCAAGUGCCCCGGAACACUGUUGACAGACUUGUUACUGCAGUUUCUAAGAAAAUGGAGUAUUAUUUGGGAUGUGACUGGCUGCAUGAAGUUUCCAUUACAAUUAGGAAAACCAAGCAAACCAACAUUCCUAAUGAACGGAGUCAGCGCUGUGCAAUGCUGGAAUCAAAUCAAUUUGUGGAGCGACUUCUGCAUGUUGUGUUCCUCGAGGGCCCAGAUCGGACGACUACUGCUCAAGGCUUAGCUCUAGAUGUACUGGCAUGGGUAGCAUCUGUGCGACUGUCAAGGUUGCGGAGCGCCCGUGGAAGAAUUGAAAGCCACACCCAGCAACUGGAGUUUGUGUAUAUGGUUGAAAAGUACCUUAGCCGAUUGGUACAGAACUGCCUCUUACUUUCUGGGCGCAGCGUUGCGCGCAAAUGUGUGAAGUUGAUUAUCAUUUGCAGCGAAGGUAUGAAAAAUGCUUCUGAUGGUGGAAAUGCAAGGUUUGACACAUCAGUAUUACAAGCACUUAUAGACUGGUUACCUGUCAUAAGCUGCUGUCAGACUGCAGGAGCACUCCGCUGGUUCCUGUUGUUACUGACAAGAGUGUUACCCUUUGAUAACACUGGAGCCGCUGCCCAACAAUGCGUCACUCUGCUCCAGCAAGUGGCACAGGAGAUGAACACCCGCACAAAUCCUUUCCAUCUCUUGCUUCGUACCAGGUUUGGGCUCUAUAGCACACCAUUUGAACCAGAAUUGUUUGACACAGAACCACCACCACCUGCUAAAUUUUCGUCAGUACCAAUCACUUAUGCUACAGUUGUGAGUGGUGAAAUGGGCAAUGCUGUAGGUGGAAAUGGUGGUGGCGGUGGAGGUGGCGGUGGAGCAGGAGGAGGCGGUGGUGGUGGUACUUCAUCUGCCAGCACUCCAGCAGCCUCAGCAGCUGCAUUCUCAGCAGAUGUUCUGGAUUUGCGAGAGCUGCUUACGACGUCAGUUGGAGGUCAAGGACCAGAUUCGAAGUUUACACAAUUACGGCUGAAGGGAUUAUCAUCAAAUCAUUAUUUGAAAGGUCUGCUUGAAGUGGAACCUCUGCAUUUCACAUGCCACGCAGCAAGUGAUGGUACAAAAAUGGAAAAAAUAGACCAAGGUUCAUCUGGAUUUACAAUGCCAAUUCCCGCUGGAAAUAUGGGGAAUUUUGAUGUUACUAACUUUAUUGUAUCAAACAGUGGCACUAAAAAGGCAGACAAUGAAUUUAUAUCAUUCUAUGAAGAUAUGAAGAAAGAUGAUACCUUUUACCAAGCAAUCCCUACAGAAAUGAAACUUACUGAUACUCAACAUAAACUGGGACUUAUGUUUUAUGCAUUGGAUAAGGAACUGGCAAAAGUCAAGGCAAAGGCAAAGUCAUUUAGUAUCAUGGGCAGUGUAGGGCCAAGCACCUCAAGCUUGAAUGAUGGGUCUAGCUCCUCCUCGCUGCAGUCAUCUGAAUUUUCUGGUCCAAUACUCUUACAUGGGAUGAGAAAGGAGAAUGUGACAGAAAAUAAGCAGGAUAUUAACAAGGGUGAAGAUUUGUCUGCAGCAACACUUCCCUGGCAGCAACUACUCACAGCACCACCACAGCAGACAUUAUUGAUAGAACGGAUGCACUCUGGUGCAAGACGAUUUGUUGUUUUGGAUUUUGGUUGCCCAGUCCUCCUCACAGACCUUAUGGUUCCUGCUUGUUCAGAUCUGGUCUCACUGUCUGUUGAUAUCUGGUGCCGUGGUGAAGAAUCUGAUGGACAGCGGCUUGUGGUGGCAUCUGAUAUAGGCAGCAAGGCACUUGUCAUGAGCGACCUUCAGCCACCACCUAUAUGCCGCUUCCUCAAGAUUACAACCAUAGGAAGGUAUGGUAUGAGCACAACUAGGUGCAAAAUUCCCAUUGGAUCUUUCUACGGUCACAUUAUAAUUUUACCCGGAGAAAAUUAUGCAAACAACAGUGACGUUAGAGAGGUUUCAUCAGAUAAUAUACAGGCCCAUCUGCGUAUGUUGUCAGCACUCUUUGAAGAUAUACAUUGCAGAUACAGUUUGGCAUGUGCUAAGUUACAAGAGUUUUUGACACCAUUGCUGACAUCAGAAAUACCUAAUGUUGUACAUAUGUAUCAUUACCUACAGAGGGGCAGGGAAUUUGAAAAACUGUUUCCAACUCAGGAAGGACAGAAAAUAAUGACAUCAUUUCAUGAAUGUGUGACAUUUCAGCAUCAGCUAAAUUUAGUGUGCAGUGUGAUAAGACGACUUGAAACAGCACAAGGAAAACUGGCUGUCCUUCCACAGAUACGAGACACACAGAAAUUACUGGCAACUUGCUGCACAGACAAAUUGAGAGUCCUGGGAGAAGGUCUUCUUGAUGUUCUUUUGUAUCUUGUCUAUGAAAUAGGCCCUGUUCCAAGGGUUCCAGUCUCCUUGUACAAUAUAUUUGAUCAGAGUGUAUGUGAAAGACUCUUCCAUUGGCUCUGUGUACGAGAAGACACUCACAUCCAACUUUCAGCUUGCACACUCUUGGCACGAAUGUGUGGCAUGCAACCUUGGUGGGGAGAUUUUCUUGCCUCAACUCUGAGUCGUCUGUAUAGUUCACAGAACACAGCUGUUUUCCCACAGGAUAGGGUCUUCAUUCUGUUGACUUACCUUGGUCGUAAGUCACUUGCUGGAGGAGCAUCACGAUCGUCAGUCUUAGAUAGCGUUCUGUCAAUGCUGACACGCCUUCUGUCACCUCUUGCCACUCCUCAGCAUUCUGCCUCAGGAUUUCUACGAGCUGAGAUGGAUCUCUCUCAGAUUGGAUGGGUGCUGCUGUUUCUGUCUGUCUGUCUAGAUGCCAGCUGUAGUACAGGGGCAGUAUGUAGUUCCAAUGGUGACGAAACCACAGAGAAGGCUAAGGAAAAGGAAGCAGCAGCUACUCCGUCACGGUGGGAUUUCAUACAAGGAGAAAUGGCGAUGCAGCGGAAGAUGGCAAGCUCAGCCCGUAGCAAUGCUUCCAGAAGCUACAGAAGAAAGUUACAGAAACGCCUGAUGCACCAUAAACAACAUUUAGAGGAUAUAGAACUUUCUAAUAAAACUUACCAUGCCUCGAAACAGGCUCUUUCUGCACUGUCUAGCCAGGCAGCUAAUCUGUCCAGCAAGUUAGAGGCUGCUUUGAAACAGCAGGAACAAUUUUUUAAAAAAACUUUGAAGCAACACUCUGCCAAGCAUAUCAAGGACAUACUACAGAUACGUCGAACGGAUGGUUCACUGCUGUCAAAGCAGUUUAACAGUCGUGGAUCACAAACAAGGAGCGGAGGUAGUGGAGGUGGUAGCAGUCGAGUAGGGUCUGAGCGAGAGGAGUCUGAGACGACAACACUUACUUCCGACCCUCGUGAUCCGGUCCUGUUAUUGCCACAGGAACGAUGUCUACCAGUUGCUCGGGGUCUUGUGUCACUCGUGCUUAGCAUGGACUUCACUUGUAAUAUUGAUAUGUUCCUUCUUGCUUGCAAGGUAAUAGCUCGGAUUGUGGCUGUUGCACGACCCGCAAUAUCAUUAUCAGAAUUAGUGACUCAAGAACAGUUAUUACAUCUUAUACAUCUUGCUGUGUGGAAUGACCAGCACAAAGCCUCAUGGGGUGGUCCAUGGGCAUCCCAUGCCAUUAGCUGCUUGCUUCAGGACAUACUUGAGGGAACACGUUUAUUUCGUGAAACUGAUCCUGAGCUGGUAAUAUCUGAUCAUGAAGCUACACCUCCUCCAUCUCAUCCAGAAGCUGCUAGCAGCAGCACGUCUCAGCAGGAGGAUGCGUUUGCUGCAGAUGACAGCUCUGAAAGUGGAAAUGCUGGGCCCUCAACUUCCAAGGGUACUGGAAACUGUUUCCAACUUCCAUCGCUUCUGGAAUCGGAUGACAGUGAAUUGGACGAGUUCCUCGAUGACAUUUUGGAGCGUGGAAGGAGUCUCGCAAAACGCACUAGUACUGCUGUUGCGAAUCGUGCAGCUUCAGCAACUGGGAUUACUGGGACAGUGGCUUCUUCGUCAUUGUCUGUGGCUAUGGAUGCUCGACUGGAACUCGGUGUGGGAACUUGUGCAGAAGUUGCCCUGCGUAGGCUGGCUGCUCAGGGUGCCCACAACUUGGCACUCAGUGUCACUGCUCCAGUUAUUGCUCCUCCAGAAUCGGCUCGCCAGCCGUACAACUCUGCCACUGCGAGUAAUCUGUACAUGCACGGGCUGUUACCGUGGCAGCAGGCUGCGACUCCUGACGAAGAUCACGGUCUUCCUGGCAGCUUAGCAAUGCUUUCCCGUUGUUUCGACACUGUCUUUUCGGAGCUCCAUACACAGAAAUCUUGGAUGAACAUAGAACUGGUGCUACAGCUGUGGCUGAUGUUGAACAGUGAUAGUGCUUUUGAGCCUGUGGGUGGAGCACCUGGCUUGUUUGACCCAGGUGCUGUUCCUGCUGUACGUGUGACAACUCGAGCUGUAUCAGGACUGAUUUCGGCACUAGCCCAGCAACCUGGGGUAUCACUCCGUGUUUGGUGCCUUGCAUUCCAAUGUCUUAUACUGAUGGCGAAUCAGCCUCAAAUUCAGGCUCAGAGUGGUGAAGCUUGGUCAAUGGGACUCGAUGAUGUCGAAGUAUCUCUUCAUGCUACAUCUGGUGUGAUUGUUGAAGAUCCACAGUUUCUUCCAAUGUUACUGCGUUUCCUCUCUGGUUCGAGUCUCAGUUACGUCUCAUCGGACAAAGGCACUCAGGCAGGCCCCUCGGUGUGUGGAGCAAUGAGAGAGCUGCUUGUUCGGCUGCAGAGCCGUUGUGAUGUUAUCAGCCCUGGCAGCCGAUUGGGUAAUUCUUUGAAGGAACUGCUGUUGCAGCUGAUUUACAAGCUAGUUCAAACCACAGGUGCACUCACCAAUCGCCAGGGACCUCUUGAUGCACAGUGUGAAUUAGUAGACUUGAUAUUAAAUCUGAACUUCACUGCAGUAAAUCUGUCAACAGCGAUAAGCAUUGUCGAAUGUGUUGCAAAUUUGGCAUACAAUUACAUUUUGAGCUCAGAGAAGGUGCGUUGCAGAAGUAUAUCGGAACCUUCCAUCGGCACAAAUGAUGCUUCUUCAUGUUUUGGAGGCCUUUUUGCAUCAGUACUGGGAAGUGAAUCAAAACAAAGUAGACCAGCUACUUGGGAUGCUUUAUUGUGUAAUCUUCUAAAGUUAUGCUGUCACAUAGUGCAGACACCAUUAUCCAACAAUAAUGAGAUACCCAGGCAUUCUGAAGAAAGUAUGGAUACAGGUGAGAACCAAUUGCCUGACAGUGAAACAGAACAGAGGGGCACAGAGACUCAGCAGUCUUUUAUGCAGCAGCAGAGUUCGCAACCAGAGCAAGAGCCAAAGGUUCCUUGUGCCGCAGACACAGUGCUGGAGCAACAAACAACAGUAAUGCGACUGCUGAGUUCUUUAGCGGGCUGCUCUGGAUCGACUCUGGCAAUGCUCCUGGGUUCGGCAGGUGCAUCUCCCGCCAUGAAUGCCUCAUCAGGAGAACAAAUUUCUGCAACUGCUUUUGGUGACCUAGAGCCUUUGUCUGUUGGGGAUGCAGUCUUCCAGUUGCUGCUCAUGCUUGCUCGAAAGGCAACAAAGCCGACGUUAAUGUUGCAGACACUCUACGAUUUCCUAUCCUCGUGCAAUAGUAAGCCAAGUGUUGGGACUAUUGGUGUUAUGCAGCUCUCAGAACCCCUCCUGUGGUUCAUUCUUCACGUGCUCGAUUCAGAAGAAGCACUUAAUGAAUUCAAUAAUAUGGGAGGAAUUAAGGUAAUAUGUGAAAAUUUGGUCAAAAGCAAUCAGGCUUUAAUAAACUCUCAUCCAAGUAUGGUAUCAGUGGUUAUGCAACAUUUCAGUCAUAUUCCAUCAGCAAGUACAAGUACUGGCAAAAAACUGUCAAAUCCUAUUGAAACCUACGAAGGCUUACUCAACUUUGCUCCUUUAGGUAACAUCAGUGCUAGUAAUUUAACGGCACAGCCAGCUGAUGUGCUGAUCCAAUCGGCACCACCUCACCGACGUGCUCGGACACCUGCGUGGUCGUAUCACUUUUACCCCGAAGAAAGCUGGGUGGAGCUUACUCUCACAUUACCGUGUGCUGUUCUGUUAAAGGAGGUACAGCUGCAGCCCCAUUUGACAUCACUUGCUACGUGCCCUUCAGCAGUAGCAGUGGAAGUAUGCCGCGAUUGCAGUGUUGGUCUAGUGCCUGUGUGUCCCCCAGUUCCCACCAGCGGGCUCACAUUUAUACGACUUCAUCUGCCACAGCCAGAAAUUGUCACCAGUGUGCUGCUUCGACUUUAUAAACCUCACGAUUCUUCAAACAUCGGACUCUCACAAAUUCGCUUGCUUGGUUCAACUACUUUUGGGGAAACUGCUUUCCGUACAGUGAACAUGGAUGUGCCUGAUGAGGAGCAACUCACAAAAUCAAGUUUAGGCUGGCUGCGGCUCUUGCACCACUGCCUGUGUCUGCCGAUGAUAGGCUCACCCUUGGCACGCGGAGUGGUUGCAUCUGCUGCAGAAGUGGAGGGGCUGCCUGAAGCUUGUUGUGGCUUGCUCCUGGUGCCGGCACCUGCACCUUCGCUCUUCACACCCAGCCUGGAGAGGGUUCUGAUCCGGUUAGGUCUUCACUCUCGUGACCUAGGCCUGAAGCAGAUCAACACCCUGCUCCGGAAUGGGGCUGCAGCUUUUUUGCAAGGGUCUCUUUCCAUAAGUCACUCUUCUACAUUAAGUUCAACAGUUGUUGACUCUGUCGUGGAAUUGUUGUAUCAGAUGUGCACAAUACAAGACAGUGCAACAAAGGAUAGAGUGAAGGCUUUGCUUUUGUGGUUGCAAGAAACUGCAUCAGCUGCUAUACAGGCUCAAGAGCAAUCCUUUUCCAGUACAGAAAUUUGGUCGCCAUCAUCAGCCUAUGUACAUAGUGCUGCUGCUAUCUUGUGGGCUGCUCAUGAAAGAAGAGUAAAUUAUGAUCUGUACUCAAUGGUGACGCCAGAAUUGUUUCAGAUAGUGUAUAAGUGGACACUGAGCCUGCCAUCUCAUUCUGCACUGAAGAAAGCUAUUGAUACUCUGUUAUGUGCAAUGUGCUACAUCAGACAUAGUUUAUUUCCAAUGUUGUUGCAGAGAACUGGAACAUUAUUGUCUGACCUAGGAAUUCGUCAGUUGGCUACAGAACUGAAUAACAGAAAGGAGUCCUACUUCAGUAAACCAAGUGUCAGUGACUCAAACCUGGAGUCACCAGAUGAUAAACAAAAUGGAGAAUGGUAUAGUCAUAUCAUGGCACAUGAGAUGGACAAAAUGCAGCGUAGUGAAAGUCAGCUGAUGACUCUUGCCAUGGCAUGUCAGUCACCACCAUCUAUUCAGCAGUUGCUGGAUUCAGGGCUGCUUGCUGUAUUAACACGUAUCAUUCUCGAUUUCUGUCAUCAAGAGGAACAGCAGAUAAGUGACAAUGCAGACAAAGGGACUCAGUCAUCCUCAAGAAAGGCCGGGUUUCGUGAUCCUAGUUCAUUGGUCUCAGAUAUGGAUGAUGGGACUUCCUGCUGCAACAAUGCAACCAGUUUUCCUCAAGAUGGACUUCACAUGCUGCAGGUAGACACUAUAACAGUGAUAUUAAAAUUUUUUGCUGAAGUAUGCUCUGAAGGCAAAAUGCGUGACUGGUUGGGCUCGUCAGAAGGUUCUGUUUUCUGGCUGCCCUUGCUUCAUUUACUUUGCACAAAAAGUUGCGGUGUGGAUUCUACUAGCUCGAGGAUACCUAAAAGAUGUGAACUGCGAAGUGAAUCAUAUGCUGCAUUGGAAUCUGCAACAAUAAAGUUCUUGUCCCAAUGUUGCUGGUGCCACCCAUCAAACCAAAGGCUUCUGUCCAAAGUACUGUGUGAUGUUAUCAACGAACAGAAGACAACUCAAGAUGUAUCAUUCUUGCAUGGAAUCUCUGGUUUCACACGUCGCUUAAUCCUGCAGUUGCUAUUGGAGAAUGAGAAGAUACUUUUAUUUAUCAAAUCGGAUUACUCUGUGCAGCGUGUGCGUCUGUCAACUAGUGCACCAUAUCACCCACGAUAUGGUGUUGGUCAUCAGCAGCAGCUGUUUUAUUUCAGUACACAGACAACAUGUGGGGAAAUACUCAAGAGUAUAUUAGUUGCAGGGAGCCUGUUACCCGUUGUAAAUGAAGGAAAAUCACCAGAGGGUGGGGGAACUGCAACACCAGUUUCAGGAGGUCUUAUUGGUUCAAAGAAAGAGCUUUGGGAAUUAGGUAUCUAUAUGGUUGAUCAACUGUCUGUACAAGCUGGUGUCUCUGCCAAGGACAAAAGAACAAAAGAUGCAAGGAACACUGUUGCUGCUGCAACACGCAGCAUAUCUGGCAAGAAAUCGAGAUCAUCAAGUUUAGCAGGUAAGCCAACAUCUUGUGUAGUUUGUAGUAUGGUGCCAGUGAAGUGGAAUGUAAACACCAGAAUUUCAUGUCCAAGUAUAUUCAUCACAGGUAUCCUCCCAGACAACCUCCGUGUCUCCUGUACAGCCACAAAGUUCCUGGAGCACGAGGCUUGCCCGGGAGUCCCACUGCCAUCGCAGCUGCAGGUUUCUCAGUUGCUCACACUUGUGCUUGAGAAUGGUGACUCACUUAGCACACCAUGCCUUAAACUCAAACUUCAUCACUUUCCAAAGACUACAGAGAAAAAUGCAAAAGGUAAUACAGUGGAAGCCGAGACAGAACGUCUGUUGCAACUGCCUGGGCUGGCUACUCCAUUGCAGGUGUUUACUGAGAUGGGGGGACUUGCCCUACUAGCACAGCACCUUCCACUUGUCUAUCCAGACACUUUGCGGUAUGCUGCUCCUGACAAAGUUCCAGCUACAACGCCAGACCAAAUAGAUGCUGAGUGGGUCAAAGUGGAUGACAUCUAUGAGGACCUUGAUGAGAGCAUGCCCGGUGGCAGUUCAUCGCCAGGAGGAGCCGGAGGGCGAACAACUGCUUUGCCACCACCAUCUGUACCCCCGCAUUCACUCGCAGCUUUCGGUCUCUUCCUGCGGCUACCGGGAUAUGCUGAGGUCUUACUAAAAGAUAAGAAGAAAGCACAGUGUUUGCUACGGCUUGCUCUUGGUGUUACCGAUGAUGGAGAAGGAGGUGACAUCUUUAGUUCCCCAGUAGCGAACCACUUGCAUACGUUACCUUUCCAAGUGCUGCGGCAACUUUUUGAUUCCACUCCACUUACAACAACUGGUGGUGCUCUGUUAAGGCGAACAACAAUAGAAAUAGGUGCAAUCCAUCUUCUACUUGGAUGUCUUGCCAUCUUCACUCAUCAGUCACAGGAUAUUACGCUUCCAGGAGUGCAGCACGAGUUGGUGUUAGCAGCAACAAAAGCUUCAGCAACUGGUGGUGAAACCCAUGUUCGUGGAGGGAAGUCUGAUGACAAAUCUCACUUGUAUUGGGCAAAGGGAACAGGGUUUGGAACAGGGAGCACUGCACAGUCAUGGAAUGUGGAACAAGCUCUCCUGCGCCAGCGGAGCGAAGAGGAACAUGUCACUGUGUUACUGCAGGUCUUCUCAAGUUAUAUCAAUCCUGGCGGUCAAGCUCCAACAUCCUUAUCCAGUAAAGAUGAUGACGACGAUGAUGAUGAUGAUGAUGACGAUGAUGAUGAAGAUGAAGAUGAGGUCCAAGGUGAUGGCAGAAUUGGGGGUACAAAGGAACAGCCACAACUACCUCGGGUGUUCUACGACCUCCUCAAGCAGUCUUGUCUCUUGCCAGCAGUCUCUGCGUAUCUGAGGAAUGAUUCAGUGUUGGACAUGGCGCGACAUAUUCCGUUGUACCGUGCAGUGCUACAGCUUCUGCGUGCCAUGGCCCUGAGCCCUCAGCUGGUGACACUGCUGCUGCCGCAUGAUGGCGGACAGCAUGAUGACCUCUCUGUCGUCUGCCUCCUUACCAAGAUGCGUACUUGUGUCGACACAUAUGCCUCUCGUCUGAAGCUCAAUAAAUCAAAAGGUAAUGGAAAAUCUCGAAGUAACGCAAAACUGCAGGAAGAAGUUGAACAGGAUGAAGGUCUUGCACUUUUAAUUCCAGACAUUCAAGAAACUGCUAAUAUUGUACAGGCUGCAACAGACAGACUGACAAUGGAAGAUGGCCAAGAGAGUUCUGUUGUAAGAGAAGGGCCUCAUUUAAGUAAUAUAGACCUUCCUUUAAGGUCCCAUGAGGAGAGGUACCUUGAAGUAAUGAGGAGAUUGCAAUUUGAUACAUAUGAAAUGAUAACAGAAAGUAGCGAAGGAGGAUAUCAGUUUGUAGUCUCAUACCAUUUUGAAUCGAAUGUGAGGUCUGCUGGAGAAAGAAGUCACCCAGCUCGCAUGAAGCGACUGGCACAAGAGACAGUGACACUGUCUACAUCACUCCCACUUUCGUACAGCAGUUCUGUGUUUGUUCGUUGCGACACCGACAGGCUUGAUAUAAUGAAGGUCCUGAUAACAGGCCCUGCAGAGACACCGUAUGCUAAUGGCUGCUUUGAAUUCGAUGUCUACUUUCCUCCUGAUUAUCCAAACUCACCAAUGUUAAUUAAUCUGGAAACCACUGGUCAUCACACAAUAAGGUUUAAUCCAAAUCUAUACAAUGAUGGCAAAGUGUGUCUGAGUGUUCUUAAUACUUGGCAUGGGCGCCCUGAAGAAAAGUGGAAUGCGCAGACAUCAAGUUUCCUACAGGUGUUAGUGUCCAUACAGUCACUAAUUCUUGUUCCGGAGCCCUACUUCAAUGAGCCUGGCUAUGAGCGAUCAAGAGGUACACCAUCGGGUAACCACAGCUCAAGGGAGUACAAUUCGAACAUAUGCCAAGCAACUGUGAAAUGGGCCAUGCUAGAACAAAUUCGAAAUCCGUGUCCCUGCUUCAAAGAGGUCAUACACACACACUUUUGGAUGAAGAGGCAUGAAAUUGUGAAACAAAUUGAGAACUGGAUUGCUGAUAUGGAUUCUCAGUGUGGAGACAGGCGGACAGGGAGAGCCAUUUCACUUAACUCCAUGGCUUUAAAGCGACAUUUUCGACAGCUGAAGGAAGAAUUAAAUAAAUUAAAAACUCCAGAGGGACUGGAAGAUUUAGCAGAUUCUUGCCUGGAACUUUCACCACCUUCUACCUCCAGUGCGCAGAGUGUGUCAGAAUCAAAGGAUGCCUCUCCUGUAGUCAGCACUCCUAGUCAAAGUUUUCUUCCAUUUGGAGCCACGAGUAGCACAGAUGACACACACAAGAAAUCAACCGAAGAAAAUGUACCAGCGGAGGUCUACAAGGACAUGGAAAUGGAGAAGAUGGUUUCACAGUUUUGUGAAUGAAAGGGCAUUUUGGAAUAAAAUUGUAAGCAAAUCCCAGUCAACAAUCGUGGAGAAAAUUCAAAUAAAUGUGACAGCCUGUCUUCUCAGUUGAUUUAUUUAAAACUGAUCUUGAGUAAAAUUUUUGCAUUUCAGUAUUACAGCUUAGUAGAACAGUUUAUAAGGCUAUGUUUGUAUACUUACUCGAAUGCAAAAUAUGCCAGUGGAAGAAUCUUGCUUGAUUCAUUUGUUGCCAUGUGACUAAUUUACUUGGAAAGGUUUCUCUUUCCCAAUUGAAAAUCUUUCAUUUAGGCUGUGGGUCGUGUGUGCACGUAUAUAUGGAAUAAAUGUGAUACUGUGUUAUCUGAAUUAGUUUAUUACCCAGUGUGAGAUUUUGUGUUGAGGUUGUGUGGACACUUUUUAAGUGCUUUAUGAUUGAUGGAAGACAUUCUUUUGUGAUCCAGUUGAUAAAUGUCAAGUGUACAAAAAACCUUAAGUGUUACAGUUCCAAAGAAAUUACCUUCUUAAGUUGUGAGCAGUUAGUUAAUUAAGCUCUUUUGGAGAAGAUGAUAUAGGGCAUAAAAUUGGGACUAUUUUAAAUUUUGAUUGAAACUUAAAUAUGCUUUCUGUGAUUAUUUCAUACACUUGAUGUUGUAAAAGCAUGGUUCUGGUUCACAUUUUGUGGAUGAAUGAAUGUUUAAUACAUAUCGAGUAACUUGAACUAUUCAAGAUAAAACUUGUUCUCAGAGUGAAGUCAUUCUGAUCUCCAUACUAUUGCAUUUAAGUAAAUUCACUAUAUUGUCAUUUUUUUGCUUCACUAUGAUCAUGAUGAUAACAGUGAUGAACUUGCUUGUUAAAUUUACUGUUUUCUUUCUUUUUUUUUUUCUACUCGCCAUUUCAUAAUUUAAAAAAAAAAAAAAAAUUCUACUGAAAAGGCUUCCUCCUCGAUUUUAGUUGCUGAAUAUGUCAUUUUCCAUGUGUUACCAGACUAAUUGGAAAUGAUGAUACUGUGUAUUUGACCUAUAUAUAUUUGGAGAGGCUGUUACAGAGUGCAACUCCAUUUUGAUACACAGUUGUGUGUGAUACUGUGUGAUGCUACUUACAAUUGAUUGAUUAGGUGUUUAACUGACAGGGAAGGCUUCAUCUGUUAGUAGAAUCUGUGUUUUUGCAUCAUGACAAAACUGUUAAUAGACUGUGAAUAUUGUGUAAAGUUCAUUGUUAAUAUAAGAGUUGAAUGAUUGUUACACGAACUGUUUAUGAAAUGCUUGCAGUCAAAAUGUGAAUAUCGGAUGCAUUGAGAGAAACUGUGAAUUCAUUUGAUGUAAACAAAAUAAAUAUUUUAAUUGUUUGUAU